AUGGACAAGUCCCUCGACGACAUCGUUAUGCAGAACCAGCGCCCCAAGGGUGGCCGUCGCGGCAGCGCCCGUCGUUCGCUCACUGGCCGCAACCAGAUCCUCGGUAACACCCAGCCCGCGGCCGCCCCUGCCACCCGCGCGCGUAUCGCCAACAACAACGCUCCCCCGACCGGCCCGGCGGUCAAGACGCCCAGCGCCGAGAAGAUUAUGGUCUCCAACCUUCCCCAGGACGUCAGCGAGGCUCAGAUCAAGGAGCUCUUCGACCAGACCGUGGGAACCUGCAAGGAAGUCAACCUCCACCACGACGCGCAGGGACGCAGCAAGGGCGUCGCGUUUGUACGGUUCGCCCGCCGCGGCGAUGGGCGCAAGGCGUACGAGCAGUACAACAACCGCCUGAUCGAUGGCAAACGCGCCAUGCGUAUCGAGGUUAUCAUCGACCCGACUGCGAUCCAGCCCGCUGCGCCCUCUCUUGCGGCGCGUGUCGCACCUGCACCCGCGCCUGCUGAGGCCGCUGCUCCCGCGAACAACGGUGCCAGGCGUAAUGGCUCUGGCCCGCGCGGCCGUGGACGUGGUGGGCGCGGUGGACGCCGCCCGGAGCGCGUCAAGAAGACGGCCGAGGAUCUCGACGCCGAGAUGGAGGAUUACACGGGCAACAACGCGUCUGCUGCUGCUGCUCCCGCGACUGCUCCGGCCGCUGCUGCCGCCACGUAG